ACCACGGAUGGACAAAAAAGACAAUUCUAUCGUUUACCCUUGCUGCUGUUGCUACUGUGUUGUAGCUAAAAAUGACAUCGUUUGUUUUCAGACAUUCUCUCCUUCGCGGCCUUCCAGGGACAUGCAGGUUCAUUAGCGAGUAUCGGACAAAGAGACCGUUGUUUACCCUGUUUUCAGUCAGAAGUUAUGCCACUGGUGAAGACAACAGGGUGCCCAAAAUAUACACCAAAACAGGAGACAAAGGUUUCUCAAGCACAUUUACAGGAGAAAGGAGGCCAAAAGAAGAUCACAUUUUUGAAGCCUUGGGGAAUACAGACGAGCUGUCAUCAGCUAUAGGGCUGGCAAGAGAGUUUUGCCUCGAUAAAGGUCAUACAUUCACUCAUCAGUUGGACAAGAUCCAGUGCGUUUUACAAGAUGUGGGCUCCAACAUUGCUACCCCUCGAUCAUCUGCAAGAGAAAGCCAUAUAAAGCGAACAAAAUUUAUUGCACAGCCAAUUGUGGACUUGGAGACCUGGAUUGAUGAGUUUACAGAAGAACUCCCUCCUUUAACCAGCUUCAUUUUACCAGUAAGCUGCGCACGAUUUUACAAAUGUCUGUGUGUCCCUGUUGAACUAAUAUAUACUCCUAUUUUUUCACAGUCUGGUGGGAAGAGCAGCGCAGCUUUGCACUUAGCUCGGACAGUCUGUCGGCGAGCAGAGCGCAGCGUUGCUCCAAUUGUGCGAUCAGGCGAGGCAGAUCCAGAUGUUGCCAAGUUCUUGAACAGGUUAAGUGACUACUUGUUCACAGUUGCCAGAUAUGCGUCUAUGAAAGAGGGCAGUGAAGAGAAAAUCUACAAGAGGCCAGAAUGACCAGUCUCAUAUGAAGAUUAAAACAAAAGCAUUACCCUUUGAGAUGCAUAUACUUU